CGAGUACGUUUGGUAAGUGGUUUAGUUUGUCUUCCUGGAUGUAAAUAAUUGGUUACAGCUCAACGUGGAGACUUUUACACACUGCCUAUUUCUCCAUCACUUGUGUGUUGACCUUUGACCUGGGAGAACAGCACCAUGCCGUUCUUUGGGAGUUCCAAAAAGAGUCCCCAGGAACUGGUGAAGGCCAUCAAGGACCAGCUGCAGGUCCUGGGCACCAAGUCCGCCAAAGGAUACCAGACUGACAAAAAGGUAUCAGAGGACUUGACAAAGAACCUGCAAGUGAUGAAGACUAUGCUGUAUGGCAGUGCUGACUCGGAGCCGUCCACUGAGGUUGUGGCUCAGCUGGCCCAGGAGGUCUACAAUACUGGCACUCUGAUAUUACUUAUCAAACAUCUUAUCCGCAUUGACUUUGAGGGUAGGAAGGACAUUGAUAGAAUAUUUGCCAACCUUCUUAGACGACAGAUUGGUACACGUAUGCCAACAGUGGAAUAUCUUUGCACGAAACAAGAAGUCCUGUUUGAACUUUUGAAUAAGUAUGAGGAGCCAGAGACUGCCUUACUUGGUGGACGCAUGCUACGAGAGUGCUGUCGUAUAGAGAGUCUCACCAAAAUACUCUUAUACCACGAGGCCUUUUAUAAGUUUUUUGAUUAUGUUGAACUGUCAACGUUUGAUAUCGCUUCUGAUGCAUUUUCUACAUUUAAGGAAUUACUUACUAGACACAAAAUGGUGUCAGCUGAGUUUCUAGAGGCCAACUAUGAUAGGUUCUUUGUCAAUUACCAGAAGUUGCUCAGCUCAGAAAACUACGUCACAAGGCGACAAGCCCUAAAACUUCUAGGAGAGUUGCUGCUAGACCGACAUAACUUCACCACAAUGACCCGCUACAUCAGCAGUCCAGACAACCUCAAGCUGAUGAUGAACAUGCUGCGAGAGAAAAGUCGCAAUAUCCAGUUUGAAGCCUUCCAUGUGUUCAAGGUGUUUGUAGCCAACCCCAACAAGCCAAAACCUAUUCUGGAUAUACUGUUACGGAACAAAGACCGCUUAGUUGAAUUUCUCACCAAGUUCCACACAGAGCGGUCGGAGGAUGAACAAUUCAUUGACGAAAAAACAUAUCUCAUUAAGCAAAUUACAGAACUAUCUGGGCCGAAAGAUCAGAUGGAAGUGUUAAAGUGAAAUGGGAGGCAGGUCACACGGCUAGUGGAGAAGACGCACAUUAAAAACAAUAUGUCUGAUGUGUGAGUGACCACUGGAGAUGCAAUGUAUGUGGUCCAUAUAGGAACAAUGUAUAUCUGAAUUAUAGGGUAGGGCACUCUACAGUUUACCUACAAUGUUGUUCAGACAAGACAGGUGGUCAAUGAUAUAAUAAAGAUAAGAACAAAAGGGCCUGUAGUUGUGGUACCGUGUACUACAAGUGUUAGAGGUGGUCACCACAAUGAAAGGCUAUUUACUAUUGUGGCUGUGUAGAUAGGUCAUGUAUCUCUGGCGUAACAAUUCAAACUGGAACUAGAUAGGAGUGAAGGCCAUCUACAUGUAUACAGUGUAUUGCUGUUAUCACUGUACAAAGUAUGUCAGGGGUCCAGUCGACAUGACGAAUCCUGCAUCACCUUACAAUAGUCGCUACAAAGUGUACAACUCAUGCUAUUUAAGUAGAAAGUUGAAAGUUUCAGUGCUUUCAUUUGAAUUUUUCAUUCUGAAUAUGUGCUUUGGUAUAGCUGCCUGGGUUCAUGUGCUAAACAUUGCUAGUCGGCAUUAAGUUCUUCAAAGUUAAAUAAGUUAUGACUUUCACAAAGUACAGAUUUUCAACUGAAACUCCAUAAAAAUAUCAUUUGUUUAGCUGUCAUAGGCUAUAUCAUACAUACAUUUUCAGACCUGCUGUUAACAGUCAAUGGCAUAUUGAAAUAAUACAUUAUGUUGUAUGUACUUUAUAUAUCAAAAUGUUUCAGACAAAAUGUAAAUUCCUGGUCCUUAAGUCUAAAGAAAUCUGUUUAAGGCUUGUCCAAAUUCUAUUAUUUUUUCCCACUGGGUUUAUUUUGUUUUGUUGUUUAUUUGUCUGUUUUUUAAUGUAAUGUUUAUUUGAUAUCGUAAAAGAAGUAGAAACAAAUAGUUUAUAAGCACAAAGAUGAGAGAGGAAACCUUAGCUGUGAUGGAUAAUGUUUUCCAUACACUCUAAUCUUGGUUUGAGAUCUCUAGCUUACUCACUAAUUGGUAAAUAGGUUAUGCCUGUAUGUAGUAUUUUGGUGUUAAAGUAAAUUGUUAGUGAUAAAACAGUUAAAUGUGAAAUCCUGACUAAAUUCUUCUUUCAAAGUUUAUGUUUGGUCAUGAUCACAAGAAUGUUUGUAUGGUAUCUGUUUGUGCAUAACGAUUGGAUGGUAAUUUCUUAUAAUGCAUGGUAAUAAUGGUUGAACAGGUAAUGACUGUUAAAGAUAAAUUAAGAUAUAAGAAGUUAUUAACUAUUAGAAAUUUAUCAAAUCUACUCCCAAUAUUUUUAUGUUUCUUCACAUUUCACACGAAACAACUCUUAGUAAAAGUUUGAAUAACAAAUUUUGUUGAAAAAGUUAAAAGAUGUCAUGAAAGUGCUGUCACCAGUGGUAUGUAAUGAGUUAAGAUGGUAUUUUUGGUUUGGUAGGUAGAGUAUAAAUGUUAACCCUUUCACCACAGUAGACCAUAAUGGACUUAUCUAGAUCAAUGCAUGGUAGAGUCUUCUAAAGUUGCAUAGGGGGAAAAGGGUUAAUGAAACAUGCUUCGAUCUAUAGGACCGAUAGUAGUAAUAGUAGUCACAUGUACACUGUACGUAAUAUUUUACAUAUAUAUGCAUAAUUUCUGUAAGAUUUAUUAAGUGUGGAAUUUUUAUGUGAACUUUGUUGAUGCAGAUACAUUAAUUUUUGGUCUCAUUACUGACCGAAACACCUUCACACUAAUUAAUUUGAAUAAACUAUAACCUUUUGUCAUGUUUACGGUAAUUUUAGAAUUUAUCACAAUUGUAACAGCUGUUCCCAAAUUUAUUAUGUUUGAGCUGAAGGACUGAUGUGGAAAGCAACAUUUUAGAAAUUGUAUCACCAAUAAAAAGGAAAACUUUUCAGUUAUAUACGAAGAGUUGGCUGAAUCUAGAAUAAGAUAUAAUCUGAAAGUUGAAAAUAAUGAGUAAGAACAAUUAAAAGAAAUAAUGUUUUAUAAAUAAUAUAUAUAUCUUAUAUCAAUAUCUUGUGAGAUUGUUUUUUCUUGUGAUCAGUAUAAGAAAGUUAAUUCAACCAGACAUAAUGUUACAUCUAGUUUGACCAGCUGGUCACUGAAUUAUUUCUUCCAUCUCUUCUGAACUGUUUUGAAUUGAUGAGUUAUGGAAUGUCUUAAAUGUUGCUUUUUAGUGGCUCAGACUUCACAAGUAGUUUGGAAUAGCCAUGUUUUUUUUUGGCAUGAUUUUUUUUUAAAUUGAACUAUUUUAAUUAUUUAAUGCACCCAGCAUAUUAUUAAUAUUAGUAUAACACUUGAUGAAAUCUAAAAACGAAAAUAAGAUAAAAAAUGAAGCAUUUGAAUAAUAGACUAUUUAGGUAUGGGUAAGUACAAUGAGGGAACCAUUUACUGUUUAAAUUAAGGUGAAAACAGCAUUUUCUGUUUGUGAACAUGACAGAAGAUAUAUUUCAUGUGCAAAUAAAAAAUAAAUACAAACGCUGUUUAUGAGCCUGUAUGUGAAAAUGGGCAAAUAUUUCUUGAAAUGUGUGCAUUUGAAUUUGAUUUUUAAACAUCAGCGUUACUCCUGUUUAUUGUCGAUGUGAACAAUGUCUAUAGUGAAUCAAUAUCCUAAGCAGAAGUUUUAACUCAGGGAAGUAUUGGUAAGGGAAAACACUCAAGCCAACCAAACAUAGGAUGGAACUUCAUCUGUAACUGAAUAUUUAAAGGAAAACAUGUAUUAAUUAUUGAGGUAAUUGAUUGAUUCUGUUUUUGUUUUCUCCCUUGCCUAUUUAUUAGACUUGAAUCAUGUAAUCGGAAUUAAUUUGUCAAUAUUAUUGUUUAUCUGCUAGAUAUUUUAGUUUAAAGCUUUAACAAAGUUCAGCACCAAUGUUUUAACAUUUUACAUUUUAAUAGCUAAUGAAGCUAAAUUUUCAGUUGCCAAUAUAUGUUUAUUAAAUUUUCAAAGCUGAAAGAAUAUGUAUGUAUAUCAUGGCAUUUGAAAAACAAAAAAACAAAAU